CGAGAGGACCAGCAGCAGCCUGUCCGCCCGGCUGUCCCCCUCCGAUCCCACCGCACCUGCCCAGAUCGCUCCGUCCCCGCGACCCGCACGAUCGGGAUCUGACGGGUAGAGCGAAUCUUGACGUGCCCACCACCUCUUUCUUCCUCUCGACCCCCUGCUCUCCUCGUCGGCCUCCACCACCACACACCGCAGCUUCGCUCGUCGCCUCACCUCGCCUUGGCCGUCGCGGCCGAGCAACCCGUCCCCUGGCCUCAGCCGUCGCUGCCGCCGGGCCGAGCCCCGCCUGCCCUCCUCCUCCCGCGCCGCACGCGUCCGGCGAAUCUCGCCGCGCGCGGAUCCGACCGUUGCGCCGCGUGGGGGCGCCGUUGUGCCCUGGCCCUGCAGCGGGCGGGAAGCGGAGACCCUUCAAGGAUUGAGAAGCACGCGGUGAGACUGGCGGCUGAGCACCACACUGUUUCUUGGAGAGGUUUGACAGACUAUUGGGGUCAACACACCCACACAAAAAGAAAAAAGGGAGAGAAAGAAACAGCUCAAGUGUUUGAAGUGGUUUCUCAGCAAUGAGCUGUUGUACAGGGGGCUUGUUGAAGAAGUAUGCCAUAUAUCUGUAGGAGAUACCUGUACGCUUGACUCAUGGGUGACUGGGUUAUUGGGGCGUUGAUAAACAUUGUGGGGAGUGUUGCCAUAAACUUCGGUACCAACCUUCUGAAAUUGGGCCAUGAUCAGAGAGAAAAGCUUUCAGCAAUUAACAACAGUGAAGGCAAUGUCAAAUUCGUUCCAAAAUCUGUUAUGCAUUUCCAGACUUGGAGAAUAGGUAUACUCUUUUUUGCUAUUGGGAACUGCCUCAACUUCAUGUCCUUUGCAUAUGCUGCACAGUCACUUCUCGCAGCUCUCGGGUCAAUUCAGUUUGUGUCCAAUAUUGCAUUUGCCUAUUUUGUAUUGAACAAGACUAUUUCAGUGAAAGUCAUGGUAGCCACAACUUUUAUCGUCUUUGGCAACAUAUUCUUAGUUUCCUUCGGCAACCAUCAAUCACCUGUUUACACGCCGGAGCAGCUGAUCGCAAAAUACAGUAAUUUGGUGUUUGUUCUCUAUUGCAUGUCAUUGGUCUUUGUGGUUGCAUUCAACCAUUAUCUCUAUAGGAGUGGAGAGAAUAUUAUUUCAAAUAGUUCAAAGGACACUGGCACGUAUUGGCGAACAAUGCUGCCAUUUUCUUACGCUGUUGUAUCUGGUGCUGUAGGAUCUUGCUCAGUCUUGUUUGCAAAAUCACUGUCUAACAUGCUGAGGCUGACCAUGAGCAGCAGAUACCAGUUCCAUAGCUGGUUCACAUACUCGAUACUUCUGCUGUUUCUGUGUACUGCUGGAUUUUGGAUGGCAAGAUUGAAUGAAGGGCUGUCUCUAUUUGAUGCAAUAUUGAUUGUUCCAAUGUUUCAAAUUGCAUGGACCUUCUUCUCUAUUUUUACAGGAUUUGUUUACUUUCAAGAAUAUCAAGUAUUUGAUACACUCAGGAUAGUAAUGUUUGUAUUGGGCAUGACAUUUGUCUUUAUAGGGAUCUCCUUGCUAGCACCUGAUGACAGUAAAGCACCUGACACCAAAGAUGGUUCGAGCGCUACCCAGGACCCUGUGAUUGAUACGAACAGAAUUGGAAAGAUGCAGAUGGAGGAGACAGAAGUAGAUGAUACUAACUCCUUUGUAGCUUCUGUAAAAAUAAAAGUAAAACAUGUAUUGUCGAAAGCAAAGUCUGCGUGCUCCAUGUUACUUGGCCUUGGGGAGGAGACCAUAAGCGCUUCUUCGGUGCUGGCAAUGCCUAUGGUGUCGUCAAGGACAACUGGCUUUAGAGGAAAUGACCGAUCAAAGUAUGUACCCUUACGAACAACGGACUGGAACAGUCUAUAGCUGAUGAUGAUCCAUAGAUAUACAGCACAGAUCUUUACUUUUGCUGUUGCCAAGCGGAUGCCAGUAAAGUUUUUGUUGCAUCCGGAGGCAAUUGUUUGUUCUACGUCAUACUUGGCUGUGACAUGAGUGUAAUAGUUCAACGCAUUUCCUCCAAACACUGCCCACACUCAGGUUGUAAUUCUUGGAAACAGCUGCCUACACUACUUGUAUAACCACGCGUUUAGAAUAAA